AGUCUACAAACAUCUGGAAGUUAUUUCUUCAUAUUUGACUCAAGACUGCCAUCACAUUUCCUCCUGAAUAACUAUGAAGAAACUUUAGUGGGUGAAAAAACAAAAACAGAAAUGGUGUGAGCUCAGCAUGAUCCUGGUUUAUUAAAGGUUAGCAUUUUUUCCACAUUCGGUGACCUUUAAGGAAUGCAGCUAAAUUAAAGCCUUGGACAUGAAAGAUCUGGCCUAAACUUUAGCACUGCUCCGAUAUGCACCCUAAGGAAUGCUGCUUCAUGAAGUCUUUCUAACGAUCACGUUACCUAGACAAGUGACAUAUGGCUCUUCUAAAGAAAGUCAACCAGCUCUUGUUUCUGCUUAUUGUGCUGACUGUCUGUGUCAUUCUGUACAGCAAAAUCCAGAAAGGGAAUAAAACAGAAAGUAAAGCAGUGCAUAGUUUCAAAUCUGACUCUGAAAAUGAGAGCCAUGAGGAGGCAGAGGAGGAAGAGGAAGAAAUCCCAAUUGUGAUAUGUGCUGCUGCAGGAAGAAUGGGUGCCGCUAUGGCAGCAAUUAACAGCAUCUACAGCAACACUGAUGCCAAUGUCGUGUUCUACAUAGUGGGUCUAAAAAAUUCACUCCCACAUAUCCGAAAAUGGAUUGAACAUUCAAAGCUGAAAAGCAUAAACUUUAAAAUAAUUGAAUUCAAUCCUAUGGUGCUUAAAGGAAAAAUACGGCAAGAUUCUUCCCGUCCUGAGCUGCUGCAGCCAUUGAAUUUUGUUCGCUUUUAUCUCCCUCUUUUGAUCCAUCAUCAUGAAAAAGUAAUCUACCUGGAUGAUGAUGUCAUUGUGCAAGGAGAUAUUCAGGAAUUAUACAACACCAUUCUGAGUCCGGGGCAUUCUGCUGCUUUUUCUGAUGAUUGUGAUAUACCUUCCACUCAUGAGAUGGUUAGAAGUGUGGGAAUGCAGAAUACAUACAUGGGGUUUUUGGACUACCGAAAGCAGACAGUUCGAGAGCUUGGCAUCAGCCCUAGCACUUGCUCAUUUAAUCCAGGUGUCUUUGUUGCAAACAUAACAGAAUGGAAGAAACAGCGUAUCACAAAGCAGUUAGAAAAAUGGAUGGAGAAGAAUGUGGAGGAAAAUUUGUACAGUAGUGCCCUGGGUGGUGGUGUAGCAACACCCCCUAUGCUUAUAGUGUUCUACAAAAAACAUUCAACACUUAACCCUUUGUGGCACAUACGACAUCUGGGCUGGAGCCCAGAUAAUAGACAUUCGGACCAUUUUCUCCAGGAAGCAAAGCUCCUCCAUUGGAAUGGAAGAUUCAAACCCUGGGAUUACCCAAGUUCUCACUUUGAACUAUGGGAGAAAUGGUACCUGCCAGAUCCUUUGGGGAAAUACAGACUCAUACGACCUAACAACUGACCUGAUAAAAGAACAUUUGUUUUAUGUGUUACUAUACUUGACAAGCAAAUACAGAACUGGAAACCACUAACAGUGAACUUCAUACGAAAUAAAAAGAAAUAUGUUACUUUGAAAUGCUAGUUUCAAAAUGAACAGUAAGUAAUUUGUAAAAUAUAUAUUUUAUGGACCUGUUUGUUUGUAGAACAAUAAUGCAUUACACAGGGUAUGAGCAAAUUAAAUAAAAAAAUGGGAACUGUGGAAACAAUAUAUGAAGAAUAAUGUUUUGGAGGAGGAAUGAGGUUUAAGGGAAGGCAAGAAUUGAAUGAACUUUGUAAUGUUUGACUGAAAAUGAUUGGAUAGAUAAUAAGUGACAUACAAUGUUUGCAACUGAAAAUAUGCCAAUAUGGUUUGUUUUCAUUUAUGCAAAUGUAUGACUGGUUAUGUCAUAACUGAUAACUUAAUAAAGAUGUUUCUUGUUUAUUAAAAAAUAAUGCAUUACAUAGUCCAUCGCUUUAGCUAGCCCUCAAUUUUUUGCAAAUCCUUAUUUGCUGCCAACUUACUAAUAGAACCUUAGGUGAAGCAUUCAUUGAGCUUACAUGUCAAACCUGUUAGUUAAUACUGUACUGUUUGUUACAUUUCUACUAAAGUUGCAGAAAACAGUGCAGGGAAAAAUAGAAAUAUGCAAACUACUACAUUUCAAAAUGUGUCAAUGUAUGUUGAUAUCUACUUGAAAAGAAUAAAAGUGGCAGGCUGUAAUAUGGGCUUAUUAUUGUUGAAGAUGAUCUGACAUUUUUUUGUAUACCAUUUUGUCUAUCAAAUAUUACAAAGCACUUUACUGUAAGAUAAUUACAUCAUUAAAGUUUAACAGUGAAUAAA